AUGAUUAGUAUGCAUUUUGGAUAUUCCAGGGACAGCGCUGAAGACAUAAAGAUUGCGAUCGAGAAAAGGAAAUUAUCUAUUAGAAGCAAGGUUAAGAGUGUUAUUCCAUGCGAUGCGCUUCUUCUUAAUCCUAUUGCUCCAAUUAACGCUACAUUUGAUGUAGUCGGCAGUAGUCUCAUGCUAGACUGUGCCGAAGGCUCGACCUACAAACAGCGUUUGAAAAAUGCAUCAGCUCUUGUCAAAUCUGGUGGAUUUUUCGUUCAGUUCUCAAACGGCCCCGGAUGUUGUAAUUGGAAAUGUGGCUCAGUUUUCUUUAAGGUUGUUGAUCCACAAACACCAGAAGAUAACGCCAUUGCCUUAGACGAGGCGGGGUUUAACAUUCUACAAACAGCAAACUUUGAAUUGCCACCGUUUUUUUGUCAAGAUGGCAUAUUUGAUUGUAAAGAUAUGUUCCUUACGGUCUGUCGCAAACGAUACUAGAUUUUCAAAUCUAUAUUCGAAGAAGUAUUUCUUUGAAAUUAAUCAUAUCGCAGUGUUUGCUUCGGGUGCGAUUUGUCUGUACGAACGUCAAUAUUGAUAUUUGAGCUAC